AUGGCUUUCAUUCUUCGGCGCCCGUUCGCCGUGUCUACGGCUCUGAAAGAAGUUCCAAAGUUUUCAAAUACCGCUCGCUUUAUUCACAACUCUCCGUUCAAAUCAUCUCCGGCAAUCAAGCCUUUGGCCGCUCAGCCCUCAUUCUUCAGCAAGUCUCACCAACCCCUCCGAAAUGCCUUCCGACGCAGCUACAUGCAGCAGACCUACAACGCCCAGGGCGGGAACUUCACUCAGAAGCUUCUAUAUGGAGGUGCCAUCGUCGGCGGUACCAUCUUGGCCACCAACUUCAUCUUCAACCGGGAAACGCGUGAGGAUGGUGGUAUGCCCGCAUAUGAGCGAAGCUUCCUGAACGAAACGUUUAUGCACACUGGACUUGGAAUUGGUAUUAUCGCUAUCGCUGCUCGCGCUCUGCACACCAGUGGCUGGUCUGUCCGCCUGAUGUCCAUGAACCCAUGGCUGGUAAUGGGAGUCGGCCUGGUCGGCAGCAUCGGCUCCAUGUACGCCACCUUCGCUACUCCUCCUGACAACUAUCUUCUGAAGUACGGUUGCUGGACCAUGUUCAACUUGACUCAGGCUGCCCUUCUCUCCCCUCUGAUGUUCAUGCACCCCGCAAUCCUUGCUCGUGCUGGCUUGUACACUGUCGGUAUGAUGGGCUCGAUCGCCUUUGUUGGUGCUACCGCCAAGCAGGAGAAGUACUUGUACCUCGGUGGUCCUCUCCUGGCUGGUGUCGCUCUUGUCGCGCUCUCCGGUCUUGCUCCCAUGGUUCUUCCCGCCACUGCUGCUCGUACUUUGAUGUGGUCUGAGCGUGUCUGGCUCUAUGGUGGUCUCGCGGUCUUCGGUGGUUUUACCCUGUACGAUGUGCAGAAGGUUCUGCACCAUGCCCGCCUAGCCGAGCGCGGCUACAUGAAGCGUGACGUUGUCAACGAGAGUGUCAGCCUCGAACUUGACUUCAUUAACAUCUUCAUCCGCAUGGUCCAGAUCCUCGGCAUGCGCAGCAACAACCGGAAGUAG